GACCAUGGAAAGCUAACCAGCUUCUAAGAAUCCAUAAUAUUUAAGACCACCAUAUAUCACUUAUUUUGACGUCCAUUCCCAACUAUGGAGAUAAAAAUAACUACUGCAAAUCUAGAAGAUGACACAAUAAAAACACUCUACAAUGCAUCAUUAAACGGUUGUGUAACUACCUUAAACACACUCAUCCAAAACAAACCUCUUUUACUCCACAAAGUUUCACUCUCUCCCUAUAAUGAAACUCCAUUACAUAUAGCCUCUCUUCUUGGACACUUAGAAUUUUGUGAAAUUCUUCUAAAAAACAAACCAAGUUUCACCAAUGAAGUAGACUCAAAAGGGCGUUGCCCUCUUCAUUUAGCUUCAGCUGAAGGAUGCACUGAGGUGGUGAAAGCUCUUUUGUUAGCGAAUGAAGAUGUUUGUUUGGUUUUUGACAAAGAUGAUAUGAUUCCUUUGCAUUUAGCUGCGAAAAGGGGACGGAUAGGAGUAAUUAAAAGUUGAUUAACGCUAGACCGGAUUCGAUUCGUGUUAUGAAUGAUGAUGGUUCUGUUUUGCACAUGUGCGUUUGGUAUGGCCAUUUGGAGGCCUUGAAGGAGUUAUUGCAAUCAGUUAGAGGAGACCAAAAGUUCCUGUUUGCUAAAAACAAAGAGGGAAAUACAAUUCUGCACUUAGCAAUUAGACUCAAACAAAUUAAGACCAUAGAAUACUUACUUUUGCAGCCUGAAAUAAGAACAGCAGCAAUUGCUACGAACAGGUCAGGUUUCACAACUUUGGAGAUGUUAGAGCCCUGGCCAAGAGAUUUUAUAAGCCUUAAAAUUGAAGAAAUGUUAACUGAAUCCGGUGUUUUAAGACAAGUAUAUAUGAAUUCCACGCCGCAACAACAUGCAGCAUCACCAAGCAUGGCUAGUCAAGAACAACCAAAUCAAUCUACUAAUCAAGAACAUCCAAAUGAAAGAAGGAAGACGUGGGAAAACUUUUGGUCCAAGUAUCUACAAUUCCAAGGUAAUUGGAUAGAAGAAACAAGGGGAACAUUGAUGCUGGUGGCAACUGUAAUUGCCACAAUGACUUUUCAAUCCGCAAUAAGUCCACCAGGUGGUGUUUGGCAAGAAAAUACACUUACUGGAGGACUCAAUUGCACUACUUAUGGUUUAUGUGAAGCCGGCACUGCAGUUUUAGCUUAUGCCUGGCCACAUGAAUUCAUAAAGUUCAUGACAUACAACACCAUUUCUUUCUUUUGGUCUCUCGGUGUUGUGCUUCUCCUUAUUAGUGGAUUCCCCCUUAAGAAUAAGGUCAUGAUGUGGGUCUUGACAUUCGCUAUGACCGUCGCUGUCACAUUCAUGGCACUCACGUACGUGUUUGCUCAGGGUUUGGUCACUCCUUAUCAUAUUAUUCAGCAAGUUUACAACAUGCGUUACCCACGUGUUGUUGUAACUUGGGGCGUUUUGCUUUUAGUUGUUGGUUUGAUUCACACACUCCGUUUUGUUUUUUGGGUCAAGAAGAGAACCAAAUUGAAACUGCACACGUUAAGACGUGUGUUUGCAAGAACAAAUUACCCAGCUGUUUAGCCAUUUGCAAAAGAGAAACGCUAGUAAAACUCUUAUUAACACAUCUUUUAUUUAUUUAUUGAUAUUCACAUGAGGCACGGAAGAAUCAAUGAGAUUAUGAGACUCAGUUCUGAGAUACUAGAGUUUAUUAAAAAUUCAGUCUGAUUGAAAGAAAAUUGGUAUGGAGAGAUGCUAGCAUUAACCUCUUUUGAACAUUUUCUCUAUAGAGUGUUCAAAAGAGAAUGUUGCUAGCACUACUCAUAUGGUAUGUUACGGAGAGUUUAUCAUGUACAUGUUUCCCCUAACCCCAUGUUGUAUGCAUAAAAUGACUAGGACAUUUAAACUGGAUUAUUCAGGUAUUGGUUUCUUGUGUGUUUUUUCUACUAUUCCAAAAACAACCACUGGUUACACUCAGUCUUACCUUUAUUUUUCUCAAACUGCUCUUACAAACAAAUGCACCUGAAUUUUAAAGAGACGUAGACUACAAAAUAAGUAAUCUUUAACUUUCUAGAUUAGGAGGAUAAAUGUUUAUUUGGCUAAUACCUACAAAAUAUGUAAUCUUCAACCUCAUAUAUUAGGAGGACAAAUGCUUAAUUGGGUAUAAAUG